AUGGUUAGUGAGCGGGGCAUAGAGGUCGACCCGGAUAAAAUCAAAGUCAUACUUAACAUGCCUGCACCAAAGACUGAGAAAGAGAUUAAAGGUUUUUUGGGCAAAUUACAGUACAUCAGUCGUUUCAUAGCCAGAUUGACAGACAUAUGUGAGCCCAUCUUUCGUCUUUUAAGGAAGAACCAACCAACAAUUUGUAAUGAUGAUUGUCAGCUUGCAUUUGAGAAGAUUAAGGAGUAUUUGCUUUCUCCUCUUGUUUUAGUGCCUUCUACGCCAGGACGUCUACUUUUUCUAUAUUUGUCAGUUUUAGACAUGGCCUUAGGAUGUGUGUUAGCUCAGAUUGAUGACUCAGGGAAGGAACGAGCUAUUUACUAUCUGAGUAAGAGGAUAUUGGAGUAUGAGAUGAAGUAUGUUAUGAUUGGGCGCCUAUGCUUAGCACUAGUUUGGGCUACCAGGAAAUUGAAGCAUUACAUGAUAGAGUACUCAGUGCAUUUGAUAUCCUGCCUAGAUCUAUUGAGAUACUUAUUUGAUAGACCUGCAUUGACUGGUAGACUGAUGAGAUGGCUCGUACUUUUGACAGAGUUUGAUAUCCAACCAGUUGAUGAUCAUUUUCCAGAUGAGGAGUUUGUUGCUAUGACCAGCUUAUUAGGAUGGUGCAUGUACUUCGAUGGUACAGCCAAUCAGUCAGGGUAUGGGAUAGGUGUUCUAUUGGUAUCCCCUCAGAAUGAUCACAUUCUGAGGUCUGUUCGUUUGACAUUCUCUGAUCGACAUCUUAUCACGAAUAAUAUAGUUGAGUAUGAGGCUUGUAUCCUUGGUUUAGAGACUGCAUUGGAGCUUGGCAUUAGACAAAUGGAGGUAUUUGGUGACUCCAAUCUGGUACUCAGACAGAUUCAAGGAGACUGGAAGACUAGGAAUGUAAAGCUUAGGUCAUAUCACGCUUAUUUGGAGUUGUUGGUUACGAGAUUUGAUGACUUGAGAUAUGUUCAUCUACCUAGAGCACAGAACCGAUUUGCCGACACCUUAGCUACCCUAGCUUCUUCUGUGGACAUUCCGAUUGAUGUAGUUUUUCUUAGAUCUGGCACAUACCCUAAGGUAGCCACUGCCAAGGAUGGGAGAGCACUGAAUCAUUUGGCCACUAGAUUUGUGAUUUGUGGAGAUACCUUAUACAGGCGAUCAGCUGAUGGUAUGCUUCUAUUAUGUUUAGAUCUAGCCUCUGCAAAUCGAGUGAUGAGAGAGGUUCAUGCAGGAGUUUGUGGUUCGCAUAUGGAAUGA